GUCGCGUCUGCGUCUGCGUCUACCUGCCGCUGCUCAGCAGCAGACCCGGGGCCCGGGCGCCACCCGCUGCUGACGUCAGCUCCAGGCGGCCGUCUCACGAGAUCAACUCAGAUGCUUGGACCUGUCUUCGAAGGUCCGCAGUCUGCUUCACACAUCUAAAACCGUAGCUCCAAACAAGUGUUUCCUGCAACCAUCUGACCUGCCUCAUCUGACGAUAACGUGCUGCAGUUGAAAACAGUUCCACACAUACCGGUUGCUUGUAGGGCACUAGCUGAACUCUGAAGAAAAGCCUCCACUUACCGAGAGGAAGGGCACUUAAACAGGGUGAGGAUGAGCGGUGAGGAGGCGGUGUGGGACGUGCUGCAGGGUCACGUGACCGCUGCGCGCAGGCCCGCCCCCCGGCUGCUCAAGGUGUUCAUCGCCUCCACCAGGACCGAUUUCGCGGAGGAACGGCGACAGCUGCUGGAAGUGAUGGGUCCAGAGCUGCAGAGCCAGUACGACAACAUGGGGCUGGAGGUGGAGCUGGUGGACAUGCACUACGGCACGGCCAGCGACCCCGCGCUGGACGCGCCGCUGUUCGAGGACCACCUGCACGAGAUCCGCCACUGCCACGCCGUCUCGCGCGGCUGCUUCUUCCUGUGCCUCGUGGGCAACAAGUACCUGCCGUACGCGCUGCCGCGGCGGCUGGACGGCGAGACGUACGAGGCGCUGUACGCCGCGGCCGCCGACCUCUCGCUGGUCUGCCGAGCGCUGUUGGUGGUGCAGGCGGCCGCGAGGCACCUGCUGUCCGCGGAGAGCACGGGGCAGCCCGCCGCCGCCAGGUACCGCCAGCUGGCGCUGUCCGCCGUCGAGAGGCAGUUCAGCCACGCGCUCGGUGAGUACCCGCUGCUCUACCUGCGUCUGCGCGGCUGCUGCUCCACGGAGUCCCGUCUCUCGCGAGAAGAGACGAAGAACACGCAGAGGGAAGUGAAGAUCUAUUUUCCAUUUAGUGCACUUCCCAAGUUUGAAGCCUUCACAUAG